AUGUCGACCAUGAUCACAGCCGCGCAAUGGGUCCCUAGGGGCUUCGCUGCGCCCUUCCCUCAGAAAUACACCCUAGACGAGGCCGAAUUUGAGCGGAUAGCAGAGCUUGCCAAGCUCCAACUCGACGACGCCCAGGAAGACCUCGAGGAAGCUGAGGCGGCCCAGAACGGCGCAAAGGCAGACAAGACCGAGGACAAGGAGGACGACUCGGAGAUGAAGAUUGACGAUGACAAGCCUACUGACAAGAACGAGAUUAACCUUAAUGAUGACGACCUAAAAGAAUACGACUUGGAAAACUAUGACAAUGACGACAAUGAGGAUUUGCCCGGAAACGGAGAAGGCAUGGGCAUGUUUGGAAACAUCAAGUCGCUGGCCUACUACGAGUCGAAUAAGGACGAUCCCUACAUCACAAUCGACGCCGACAAAGAGCAGGAUGAUGAGGACCGAGAAGAGCUUCAGGUUCUUGCGACUGACAACCUGAUUGUGUCUGCCAAGGUGGAGGACGAGAUGGCGCAUCUUGAGGUGUAUGUCUACGAGGAUGAAGCCGACAACCUUUACGUGCACCACGACAUCAUGCUGCCUGCCAUUCCUCUCUGUGUCGAGUGGAUCGACAUGCCCGUCAACAAGGCGGGUGUAGAGAAGGAUGCGACUGGCAACUUCGUCGCUGUAGGCACACUAGACCCCGAUAUUGAGGUUUGGGAUCUGGACACCAUCGACUGCAUGUAUCCCAACGCAAUUCUUGGCCAGGGAGGCAACGAAGAGGAGAAGAAGUUGAAAAAGAAGAAGAAGAAGUCAAAGAAGUCCAAUGAUGAGUACCACGUUGAUGCCGUCCUGUCAUUGGCAGCCAACCGCAAGCACCGCAACUUGCUGGCCUCGGCCUCGGCCGACAAGACGGUCAAGCUGUGGGAUCUUAACACAACAAAGUGCGCCAAGUCGUACACUUACCAUACUGACAAGGUGUGCUCGCUGGCGUGGCACACAAACGAACCUACCGUGUUGCUGAGCGGUUCUUACGACCGAACUGUGGUGGCGGCCGAUAUGCGUGCGCCGGAUGCAAAGGCUCCCCGAUGGGGUGUUGAGAGUGACGUCGAGAACGUGCGGUGGGAUCCUCACGACCCUAACUUCUUCUUCGUCUCAACAGAGAACGGCAUCAUCCACUACCACGACGUCCGCAAUGCGCCGUCCGACCCUACGGGCACCAAGGCUGUCUGGACACUACAGGCCCACGACGAGUCUGUGUCUUCGUUCGACAUCAACUCCGUGGUUCCUGGUUACAUGGUGACCGGCUCGACCGACAAGACGGUCAAGCUGUGGAACAUCCAGGCCACAGGACCCUCGGUGGUAGUUUCGCGCAACCUCGAUGUCGGAAAGGUCUUUUCCACCACGUUCGCACCCGAUCCGGAGGUUGCCUUCCGUCUCGCCGUCGCCGGCAGCAAGGGCACCAUGCACAUCUGGGACACCAGCACCAACGCGUCGGUGCGUAAGGCCUUUGCACAGCGGGUACCGGAGCAGCGCGGGAAGGGCGAAGAUCGUCUCGUUGGCGUCAACAACGAUGACAGCUCAAGCGACGAGGAGGAGGAUGGAGACGACAAGGAUGAGGAUGAUGAUUCGAUGGAUGAGGACUAA